AUGCCCUUAAAAGGUUCUUUUGUCGAUGCAGAGACCAUAGGUGUCAAGAUUCCCUAUCGGUGUCCAGAAGCUAUGUUCUACUGUGAGUAUGACGGACAGUGCUAUUCUUACAAACAUCUAUGUGUACCUGACGAAACAUCAACGCAACCAUUUAUUACAAAUGAUCCAGUCGAAGACACGACUGUCCAGCUGGAAGACUCCACGACAGUUGAUGAAACUACGGUAGCUGUAGAUCUCGAUUCAACCACCGACAUCAAUGGUGAAACAACGCCGCAAGAUGAUAAAAGUACAGUCUUUGUCACGAAAUCCGGUAAGAGAAAGAUUACAUCCUAUCAGAAUAGGAAAGAUAGCUCGCCAGAUUUGGCAUCACAACCUUCAACACUGGACCACACCAUUGAUGAUCAAACAGGUCCUGUCACAACAGUAUCAGAAGGGUCCAAAGUUUUUGUUGGCAGUACAGAAUCAGUCGUUGUAGAAAGCACAUUGGUACACGAAACAGCAGAGACAACUCCUUCGGUUGAAGACCCGAAGACCACCAAAGAAAUAAAGGCAGUUCCAUCGUCUACAGACCAAAUGACUUCCGGUGUAACUCUCGGAAGGACGACUGAUGAGUCCAGUUCUCCGGUUACCUCGCAUUCUCUUCCAACAGUCACUUCAGAUCAGUCAACAUCCUCGUCCAGUACAAAUUUUAUCACAUCUUCAUCAAUCAAAGAAUCAUCAUCAUCACCAACCGUCGAUAUUGCUUCAUCAUCCUCAACAGAAACGACAUCAUCGCAGACUAGUAGUACCCCAACAACUACUCCCUUACCAACAACCGUCAUUCCGUCCAGUAAUACUACGGUUGGCGAAGAUGAUCUAGUACAAACUUCUAUUAAACCAACCCAAGCCUCCUCAAACUCUGUGAUUUUAGUAUUUAAGGGUCUUUUAGCGAAUCCGUACCAUUUUAAUGCCACACUCGUGACUGAUUUAACCGCCAUGUUGAAUGAGACAUUGGAAAUAGCACCAAAUCCUUUCAUUUUGAGGUUACACCAAUUUGGCCCAAAGAACUCCACUAUAACGACUGAAGUAUCUGCUGUUCAAUUUUAUACAGACGAGAAUUUAAAAACAGUUUCGAGAGUGGUUCCAUCAACUGAAAUCCUGUCUGCCUUAUCAGGAAAUACCACAGCUGACUGGAAGAUAGCUGAUUUAGAAUUUGUGUGUGGAUAUCCCAGUAAAAAUAAGCCCUGUGUCACCCUACCCCUACCAUAUAAACCUACAGUAGUCACUACCGCUGGUUUAUUUGAGAAUAAUAAAGAUCUGUUUAUAGCUAUAUUUGUCUUGGCAAGUCUGUUCCUGUUGAUUUUAGUCUUAGGUUUGAUUUAUUUACGAUGCCGACAGAAACGGUGUUCAUCUUACGAAACCAAUAAUGUAAAACUGGAAAAGGCGAAGCUGACCAGCGCUGCAGAAGUCAACCCCGAGAUCAACAGUCCUCUCUCUGAUAAAGAAAUUAUGAAAGUUGAAAUGGAAACGAGUCUGUCACAGAAUGGUGCGCCACCUCUUGAUAAAGAUGCUGGCUGGAUUAUUCCCCUUGAUCAAAUACUGGAUAACAGAAAGAACUCUAGUUCAGAGGACACUAAACUCUAA